CCUCUCAUUCCAGGAAGUGAACUCAGUCGGGCAGACAGCCUGUAAACACGUGAGAUAAUAACUCAAAACAGACCGCUGACAUACGAAAGAUGGAUAUUACAGAAGUUCCCACGGAAAAGGGCAGCAAGAAGAAGAAGAAGUCAAUGAAAGCAAAGACGAAGGUUAAAAACAUGGAGGUAAAGGAAGAGAGCAGCGCCGCGGAGAACCAGGCCGAUCCGACAACUGCGUUUCCCCCCACAUUCAGUGUCUCCGAGAUCAAGAACAAACAGCGGAGGCACCUCAUGUUCAUGAAGUUCAAGCAGGAGAAGAGGAAGCAAAAACUUCAACUGAAGAAAAAAAGGAGAAAAGAAAGGGAAGCAUUAGGUGACAAGGCGCCACCAAAGGAAGUCCCCAAAACGAUAGAAAACCAGAGAGUGUUUGAUGAGACAGCAGUUGAUCCAGAAGACGAAGAGGUUGCUUUUGAUGAGGGAACUGAUGAAUUUUCAGCAUAUUUCAACGGGUUGACAAAUCCCAAAGUGCUCAUCACUACAUCAGACAGACCCAGAGGGAGAACAGUGAGGUUUUGUGAGCAGCUGGCCAGUGUCAUCCCAAACGCCCAUGUUUACUACAGAAGAGGCCUCGCCCUAAAGAAGAUCAUUCCCCAGUGUGUUGCCAGGGACUUCACAUACAUGAUGGUCAUCAACCAGGAUCGCCUGGUGCCCAACGGUUUGGUUCUCUGUCACCUUCCUGACGGGCCAACUGCACACUUCAAAGUCAGCAGUGUUCGAGUAAGAAAAGAGAUAAAGAGACGAGGUAAAGAGCCAACCGAACACUAUCCAGAGGUCAUUCUCAACAACUUCACCACCCGCCUCGGACACAGCAUUGGUCGUCUGUUCGCCGCUCUGUUCCCACAGAACCCUCAGUUUGUGGGUCGACAGGUCGCCACCUUUCACAACCAGAGAGAUUUCAUCUUUUUCAGAUUCCACAGGUAUAUCUUCAAGAACGAGAAGAAAGUUGGUAUUCAGGAGCUGGGACCUCGCUUCACUCUAAAACUCCGAUCUCUGCAGAAGGGCACGUUCGACUCCAAGUACGGAGAGUACGAAUGGGUGCUGAAGCGCCACGAGAUGGAUGCCUGCAGACGGAAGUUCCAGCUUUGAGUUGGACGUUUAUUGGUCAGAAAAGAUCCCGACCGAAUGUCCUGCAAAUAUUUAUGGACUUACACAAAUUUGCUUCAAAGUCUCUGAUUCUUUUUGAAGGAAACCUGUGUUAGCUGUACAAAGAUCCAGAUGCAGCUUUUAGUGAUGAGGUGAUGCUAUGUUGUCUGGUAACAGUUCAUGUAUACACAGUUAUAUUCUUUUAUGACUUUAGUUAUUACCUGAAGAUGAGUUUCAAACUGCAGAGUUGAGCUAAAGUGAGAGAAAGUAAAAGAGAUGUUCAUUUCUUCAGACUUGCCUCUGAGUGAUAAAGUCAACACAAAAUGUGCAUCUUUCUUUUUUAACCUUCAUGUUUGUCUGGAUCCAGAGUGACAGAUUUUCAAGUUUAACUAUGUAAAAAGUACAAGUUAUAUUUUAUUGAAAGAGCGUUUGUGUUAUCCUCAGAAACAGGCAUUUUAACACAAAAUAAACUUUCAGUUUACAGACCUUCAGUCUGUUCUGAAGGCCUGUAAAUGAAAAGAAUCAGUUACGGUGCUCUGAGUCAGCACAGGAAAACUGGGUGUUGCUCUAUGGACUAAAUAAGGCUCAACAUUUUCAUCCUCCACCAAACUGAGGAAACUCAUUUAGGUUGGUUCUUGUUUUGAAUUAAGAGUGGGUAGAUAAAGGUCAUAGCUUAGACACUGCAAUGUUUGUCUUUUUUUUUAGCUUGACAACUUUAUUACCUGUCACGCUUUUCUCCUCCUGUAUACUCUGUUAUUGUGCUUUUCAUUGUUCAGCUAUGGAAUAAUUUCAAGUUUGUACUUGCUAAGGUUAAAUUUAUGAAAGAUAUUUUACCCCUUUAACUACUAACCUAUGUGGAUCAUUUUUUAGCCACCACAAUUAGUUUUAUCCUUUAAAACAUUUUUUACAGAUGUGCUACAAUGUACCAGAAGCAGAUAUUUAUCCAUCUUUGGGAGAUAAGAUUAGUGUAAUUAAACUAUUAAAUGUAUUUUAUAUUCUAAAAGUACUAGUAGGGUAAAAAUACAAUGUUUUCUACAUGGAUUUGAGUGCAUCAAACGAACUUAAGUUGAAGAAAAUUUGAUAACUGUUUAUAUGCGUCAAAUCAUGGUUCAAACUUGACAUGCCAACAUUAAAGAUUUGGUCAUUAACACAUUA